AUGUCCAAGGACGACGUGGGCUGCAAGCUGACCUCAGUCUACAAGCAAAAGGAGAGGAAGCCGAAAAAGCCUCACUACAUCCCACGGCCAUGGGGCAAGCCCUACAACUACAAAUGUUUCCAGUGCCCCUUCACCUGCAUGGAGAAGUCCCACCUCUACAACCACAUGAAGUACAGCCUGUGUAAGAACUCCCUCUCCCUUCUUAUCGAGUCCGACUGGCCCUACAAGAAGGGCAAUCUGCUCCACCCAGAACUGCGGCUCCUGCAUGCAACAGAGAGCUCCCGUCUGCGUGGGCGGCGGGAUGAGCAGGAGACCUGUGACUCCUCAGCCACAUCAGGAGGGUCAGUUAGGACCAAGCAGGCCUCCAGCAGGGAUGGCCAUGAGGACAAGCCCAUGUCAGGGGUGGAGAUCCUGCCUGCUGAUGGGGCUGGUGAAGAACGUGGCCCAUUCCAAGAAGAGGAGGAAGAUGUUGCUGGCCUGUUGAGGGCAAUGGAUGCCGGGGAGAAGAAAGAGAAAAAUGAAGAGGCGGGUUGCCAAGGUGACCCAGCUGAACCAGAAGUGAACACUUUGGUCUUCGGUUUCAAGAACAAGAGGGACAAGCCUUGCAAGGAGGUGGAGCCUGACUUCAUCAUCACAGACGUCUUCUCCCUCAAGAACCACGUCAUGAAAAGCAGGGAAAUGGGCUCCCCAGACCUAGAUGCUAAGCCAAAGCAUUGCAAAGUGCCAAAGAAAUGUCUGGCCAGCGGUGGGAUCCUCAUGGAGCAGUGGAAGCUGGUGGCAAAUGGGCAAAGAAGGAACACACCUGAGGUCUCCCCACCUUGUACGGACAGCAACAUAAUCCCGUGCUACCCCCCUCCAGCCUACAGUGACUACCAUGAACCUCAGGGCCUCAACCUCUCACUGCUGGGUAUUAACUACCCAUUAAACCCCAGCCUCUUCUCCUACCUGAGCCCCACCAUGGCCAACAGUGCUACAACACACCCGCAUUUGGCUCAGCUGCCCUUCCUGGCCUCCACAGCCCAGCUGAUGCACCCACACGCUUCCCACUUCCAGCCUCUGCAGAGCCCUGAGCGCUCAGCCUUCCUUCCCCGCUUCUACUACCCCUUGCUCUUCGAGCACACCUUCGGCUCCACUGAAAGCAAGAUGUCUUCCAGCAAGCCAGAAGCACAGCAGCUGGUAGGCUCUGUCAUGCCCACACCGCCCCAAGCCAAACCUUCCAGUGAGCAGAUCAAACCAGGGCUGCUGAAGGUACCAGUUCUGAAGACAGGUUUUCCUUGGUCCAAAGGUGUCAGAGAGGAGGCAUCCUCUGAGCUCAGCAACCCUGCCAUGCUGGGGCAGGAAGAAGAGGAGAAAUGGCUGUCCCAAGAGAAAGAGAGUAACCCAGCUUUGGCCCUCAACAACCUGCGCAAAAAGCCAGCCACUGACAUCUACCAAAACAUGGUGGGGAUGAAGGAUGGCACUUUUGCCCCCAGUAGCAUCCCCAGGAAGACAGAGUUACCGGUGGUGACCUGUCUGGAGACCAGCAGCCCUCCAGGCAACUCUCUGAAGAGGAAGUUCACUGCCAGUGGGCUGGAUUUGAUAGGGCCUGAAAGGCUGAUGCCUGGAAAACUCAGCUACCAGAGCAGUGGCUCAAGGGCCAAUCCUGGCCACAUCCCCAAGGUCCUGGACCACUGGCACACAGAGGUCCUCACAGCCCAGCCUGAGGAACUGGAGAGAGGCAAUGAUGCUGAAGAUCUUCCCUCUGCAGGUGCUGGCCUGGACCAUGGCCUCUGCAAGCAAAGCAGACCCCAAGAGACUUCUGCCACUGUGACAGACUCUGAGACCACAACCGUGCUUAUCGGGGACCUGUCCAAAACCUUAGAGGAGUACCAAGAGGUGGAGAAGAAAUUGUCUGACCUUGCCAAGGAGGACACCCCUGGGCAAAAAGAGCUGAGGGACCAGCUAGUCAAAAUCCGACAGGAACUCUACCACAUUCACCAGGCACUGGAGAAAGCCACCAAACCCCAUGAGGGGCCUCUGGACCUCUCAGUUAAGAGAUCUUCUGAAGGUCUGGAGAAGAUCCAGCAGGCCAAGAAGGAGCCCUGCAACAUGAAUCUGGGAAGUGAGAAGCUCCACAGCAAAGACCAAGGGACCCUCAACAAAUGUAUGGCCACCAGGGAGCCUGGAGAGAUGGAGGGGCUGUCAAACUGCCUUCUUGAGGCCGAGAACAAAACCAUCGACCUGUUGAUCAAGAUGAGCCGCUCUGAGAGCCUCCAGGCAUCCUCGUCUGAGGCCCACCUGGGUGCUGUGAUCAAGGCUGAGGUCCUGCCGCUCACCAUGCCCCUGGAGCUCCGGCAUGUGAUGGAGCCCUACUACAGCCGUACCACUAAGUGCGAGGCAGACUCCAGUGUCCUACUCUGCUCUGAUGGCAGAACCAGCACCACCCAGGGCCCUCAGCUCCCAGUCACCACCGAGGAUGGGCCCCUGGGCUGCCGGGCCAUGCAGCGCUCCCUGUCCUGCAGCCUUCCCAGCGAGACAGACACAGUGUGUGUCCACAGUCCUCUGCAUGCUGACCCCUAA